CACCGUUGCUUACAUACUCCGAGUGUUGUUGUAUCCUACCACAUGCUCGUCGCAGCGCAUCAAUGGUUAGCGAGACGCAGCGCUGUCACACAGCGUUGCCCAGCGGUUCCAUACGAACAUAUCUGCAAUUGGUUUAUUUAGCUUCCGUUACAUUAGCAGACUUACUACCUGACAAGUAGUCGUAAUGAACAUCCCAGCGAAGUUUACCUUCUUCUACCUACGCUUUCGCAGGAGACAACAGCACGCUACAUAAAAUAUAGAGGCUUGCAUUGUACUUUGUUCUCGAAGCUCCUUAGCUACGUUUCCCAAUCAGAUGCCGUAACUUCCAUGAACCCUUGCUGCUCCUCAUCUAACCCUUACAAUGCACCAACCUCAGUACUUGGCAAACUCAAAACCUGUUGGCGACAACACCGUUGGUUCUCCACCAGCUCCGUACCAUGCUUCAGCAAUGUAUACGGCACCGAGGCCGCACCAACCGCAAGUCCCGCAGCCGCCAGGAGCUAUGCUGCUGGCUCAGCCGCCUGCUUACCUCGCCGGAUCACGACUGACUGCUACCGCCUGGCCUGCUGCUGGUCCUGACACGCUGGCGGACAUACAAGACUCCCAGUCCAUGCAAGAACUAGUGGGAGGCAACUGGAUCUUCGUCGUCUUCGCUCCGUACUUUGUGGCGACGGCACUUCAGGACACGCAUCUUAAAGUCGGCCUGGUCAUUGCAACUGUAGCAUCCGGCCUUGUGUUGCUGACCGGCCUGGGCUUGUGGGCUAUGAAUCUCAGGAAGGUUUUCCCCCACAUCCUGGAAGUGCUCAUGUUUGUCAUCUACAUCGUACAGCUGGGUGUGGCGUACGACAGCGAGGCGUACGAACGGGAGGUCGUACGGACUUACAACCUCAUCACGCACUCCGCGCUGGCUGGUACAUGCCUGGCCUCCAUGCUGGUGUGCUACCCGGCCGGCUACCAGGUCGCGCAGGAGCUGGUACACCGGGCGCACAUGCGCAGCCCGGCGGUGCUGCGGGUGGGGCUGUACACCACCGCGGUGCUGACCGCCUCCCUCGUCUCCUCCUGCCUGCUGUAUCUGGUCCCCCUCUGCAAGGGCUUUGACACCUCCCACUGGCACUCCCUGAACCUCAUCUUCCGCCUCAUCUACCCCUGCGUCGCCACCUUCCUUGCCCUGCUGUUCGUGCGGUUCUUCCCCGACGUCUACCUGCCCAACCUGGCUGUGGUGCAUGGGCUCAGCGAUCGCAAGACGCAGACGCGACUGAGUCCCUACCUGACUGCGGACGCCGCCAGCCGCCAGCCGCCGUACCUCCUGCACAAUGCCAUGUACCAAAGCACCGCGGACGCAGUAGCCAGGUCGCUGCAGGGCGCCACCUGGCCACCAGCAGCCCCCCUACCGCCGCCAGCAGCAGCUGCAGCGCUCACACAGCAGGGCUACGCAGCAGGGGCCGCCGGCAGUGCGGCCCACCAGACAGCUCAUCAGGGGCCGCCAUGGGGGCCGAUGGGGCCGCCGCUUGCAGUGGGUCCAGGCGGUGUGGGCCCCUCCUUGGAACUGGCGGGUGAGGUCUGGCAGCAGUACCCCCGACAGGACCCUAACACGCCCCUGUACACUCACUUCAGAGCAACCGGCCCGCCAGCACCGCCGCCACCGCCCCCCCUGGCGGUCUUCGCAGUGUACCGGGAGGGCGCCAUGCAGGCCCCACAGCCCCACAGCUCCUCCUCACCAGCAACCCUACCGGCAGCCGGUCCCGGGCUGCUGCCCGCCCAUACCCCGCCUCCGCCACAACAAGCUGUAGCUGCCCGGAUGCCGCUGUAUGCGGAACCUCCCCGCCACCACACAAACGCACCCGCAGCAGCAGCUGCAGCCGCAGCAGCGGCGGCGCCUUCUGCACAUCGCUACAUGAGUCACCCGCAGGCGGUACAGGGCAGGAUGGGGGCCGCCAGCAGCGGCGGUGCGGGGCCCUAUGGCGUCAACCUGCCUCUAUCCGCCUUGGCAGGUGGCAUACCCGCCGGUUCUGGAGCUGACUGGCAGCAACAUCAGCAGCAGCCUGUGCAGCAGACUUUCCAGCAGCCGGUGAUGAGCCAACAGCCGUACAACCCUCACCAGCCGUACAACAACGGGCACAACGUACCUGCCUACCUUUCACCUCAGCGGGAACACCAGCCACUGCCUCAGCAGCAGCAGCAGCGGUUCGCAACCGCAGGGGGCAAUCCAGCAGCUGCCGUCAUCAUGCCCAGCAGGUUCCCACCAGCACCUCCAGCGGAGUCGUACGGGCUAGCGGAGGAAACUGCAGUGUUGCACGCGCAGCAGCCUCGGGGGCCCUACUACGACCCACGGGUCACUGACGGCGGCGAUGCCGGCUUUGGCCUCGGCGCAGAGCUGGGGGAGCAGCAGCAGCAGCAGUGGCAGCAACCCCAGCAGCGCAUGGUGAACCCGCCGCAUGAGCUGCAGCACCGGCCGCUGGGGAUGCGGUCUCCAGCAAUGGCUGGCGGGCCGGGGGAUGGGUUUGGGUUGGACGCUGAGUUGGACGCUCCGGCGCCCAGUAGAUGGCGGUAGCUGGCUGCCUGUGACUGCCGGUGUUAUGCAGAUUGGAUAUGCAGCGUGUGCUGGAAUAAGCAACGUGGGGCGGCGACGGGGGUUUAAUACAGUAUGGAUAAUCCGUGCUGGGCUGGAAUAAGUAUGUUGCGGAUAGUGGCUGCAAUUGCACCGUAAGCAAUAAAUGCUUAGCAGGAGUAAACAGUGUUAGCAACGACGAUGUUUCAUGGCGGUCGGCUGGCAAAUGUUAGCCGAUCUCCGCUGGAUGCGAAAGGGAAGGUGUUGGGGGUUAACGAACGGUUUUAAGGGUUUAUCGUUGGGGUUUGAGUGAUGGCCACUUUCUCGGCCCUCCUAUUGGAAUGUAUAUAAGCAAAUGGAAUUGUGGACGUUUGCGUUGAUGACUCCGAAUCCCGCUUGCUCACGGUCAUUGUUGGCAGGGCUGCACUGUAGCAGCCUGCUGCCAUGCUCGCGUCCGCUGCUGGGUUGGGCAGUCGCGGCGACCGAGUCGGUCAGGGACCCGACUGUCAGGAAGUCGUUGAGGCGUGCUGCUGUGGCUACGUUGGCAGCUCCUGGUUGCUUGUUGCUGCUGGUGUAACUUGACACGUUACAUACCGGUAUUGGAGCUUUCCCGCUAUUUUAGGGUAACGAUCAGUCGGUUAACCGCUGAGUAAUGUACACUGUCGUAUGCCCGCCAUUUGGGCGCUAUGUUCUGGAUUGUGUGUGUGCCCCGCGACGGCGGACACGACCGUGGCCCCACCACCCCUUCACUCUACACACGGUCUACAAUUGUUGAGAUGGUCUAUGCAUGUAAUUUGUGUGUGAGGGAUGCGGAGACGGGAGUGGGGAGUGGGGAGCCGUUGUUUGCAUGCACGAACCACUACGCAGGGAUGCGGCCUCAAUCGGCGGCCAGAAAGGAGACCUGACCCGUUUCGUAUCGUAUACCGGUAGACACGGUAGUGUCCUUGGCCGCCAUGGCUCGUGCGGACACACCGUACGCCCAUGCACACUGUAACGCUACUGACAUGCCAGGACAUGCGGCAUCCUACACGGCAACCAAUGGUGGCGACCCUGUAAUGACUAGGAU